GGCAGGAGGAGGAGGCAAGAUGGCGGCGGGCCGGUGGCGGGCCGGGCUGGCGCUGCUGGUUGUGGCGGUGGGGCUGGGCGGGCCGCGGGCCGAACAGAUGGAAGAGCAUCUGAAGCGGGAGCAUUCGCUGUCCAAACCGUACCAGGGAGUGGGUUCGGCCAGCGCGGGGCUGUGGGAGCUGCAGGGCAACGCCAUGGUGAUGGCGCAGUACAUCCGCCUCACGCCCGACGUGCAGAGCAAGUGGGGAGCCGUGUGGAACCGUGUGCCGUGUUACCUCCGUGACUGGGAGAUGCAGGUGCACUUCAAAAUCCACGGGCAAGGCAAGAAGAACCUGAAUGGUGACGGCUUUGCCAUCUGGUACACCAAGGACCGCAUGCAGCAAGGACCCGUCUUUGGAAGCAAGGAUAACUUCCUGGGCCUGGGGGUGUUUGUGGACACCUACCCCAACGAGGAGAAGCAGCAGGAGGCUCAGAAGAGGAGGUACAGCCCAGGAAAUCAGCGUGUUUUCCCCUACAUCUCCGCCAUGGUGAACAACGGCUCCCUCACCUACGACCACGACAGGGACGGCAGACCCACGGAGCUGGGGGGCUGCACAGCCAUGGUGCGCAACCUCAACCACGACACCUUCCUGGUCAUCCGCUACGUCAAGAGGAGGCUGACGGUGCUGAUAGAUAUUGAUGGUAAGCAGGAGUGGAGGGACUGCAUCGACGUGCCUGGCGUGCGCCUGCCCCGUGGGUACUACUUUGGGACCUCCUCUGUCACCGGAGACCUCUCAGACAACCACGACAUCAUCUCUCUGAAGCUGUACCAGCUGACGGUGGAGCGGACGCCGGAGGAGGAGCGGCGGGACAAGGAGGUUUACCUGCCUGUGGUGGACAACCUCAAGCUGCCAGGAAUGGAGGCACCGCUGGAGCCCAUGAGCGGCCUGGCUCUCUUCUUAAUUGUCUUCUUCUCCCUCGUGGCCGUCGUCUUCGCCAUCGUCAUCGGAGUCAUCGUGUACAACAAGUGGCAGGAGCAGAGCCGGAAGCAUUUCUACUGAAGCUGCAGUGUGACAGGCUGCCUCGUGGCAGCGCCCCCGGUGUCCCCAGGAACCACGGUGGGGACGGCUGCUGUUUGUCACUGGGCUCCUGGACUCCCCCGGUGCCAGAGGGGACCCACGUUGUGCUGGGGAUGAAGCUGCUGUCCCCUGCAGGCCUGCUGGGAGCUGGAGCUGGGCUCUGGGAGCUGCUGGAGGUGGCUCACACAUCGCACAUCCGCAGUGGUCACCGCUUUGGCUGUGAAGUCCCAGCCCUGCUUUCCUCGCCGGGUUCCUGCCACGACCCCUUUGCAGCCGUUUCGUUUCCAGGAGGGCUUUGCCAAGCUGUUCUCCUGCUCAGGCUGCUCCCAUCACCCACCUCAGACCUUCUUUAGAGACACUCCUGCUUUUUCUUCGCCCCUCAAACCUCUGUGCAGCCCCUCCAUCCAUUAACCCCCGGUGCUGGGUGUUUUGAGGACACGCUGACUGCUUCCCCGCUCCAGGCAGGGUUCAAUACCACACUCUCCCUUCUCAGUCCCUGUUUGCUGCUGCCCUGGGGCUCAGCUCUGUCCCUCUCUGGCCUUCUGUGCCUCCACACACCUCCAACACCGCCUGCAUGUCGUUGCUUUGCCGGCUCGUUGCUCCCAGCAGCAGCAGCUGAACCACGGGGGCCUCUCAGAGCCGCAGCCCUCGCUGCCUUCCAGGGAGUCCUGGUUUAUUCCUACCUCAGUGACUGCUUCUGUCAGUGACUCCUCGCUGUGUUUCUCUCAUGGGAAGAAGCAGCGUCGCCCCAGGGGCUGCACUGGGCUCCUGCAGCUGCUCUUGUGGAUCUGGGGGGUGAUGGCAUGGGGUGCCCACAGGGACGGCAGGUCGGUGCGUCCCUGAGCUCUGAGCGCGUCCAGGUGGCAGCACUCUGCUCAUGGGUGCUGCAGGCAGGGCUGGGAGCUGUUUUUGACCCAGGAUGGGUCCCAGCGUGCGGGGAACGGUGCCUUGUGGGCAGGAUGCUUGUACUGGGGUGGAUGGAAGCUUGUUAAAGUGCCCGAAGAGCCGCUGCGGGGCCUGGAAGGGGGCUGCUCUGUGAUGUUUUGCCUCUGUUUUGCCUGAGAGCCAGGAGUGAAACGUGUGCACCUCUUCCCAGCUGUAACGUGUCUUGGAAUAAAUG